GGCUUUCAUUUUUUUUAAUUACGUUUUUUUUUAAAUUAAAUCUCGCGAGGAUGGGAGACAGGAUUUCUGUUGAGCGGCUUUCAACAGAGGGGAAUCAAUUGAUUGUAUGGGUUUCAAAUAAGUAUUUCUGUGGCUGUCGUGAGUGGGGAAGACAAGGACGGGCACGGGAAAAUAGGAAUCACGGUAGAAAACAGACAAAGUAGAAAGAAGAUUUUAGGCUUUUAACGGGAAAAUUUGGUAGAAGGAAGAACAUGUGAAGGGAGAACAGUGCAAACCUGUAUGUGAUUUGGUGAAGAAUGGCAAGGCUUCAUCGAUUGAAAUCAGGAAGAGACAGAUGCCGUAAUUGCAAAGGACAGAAAAAUCAAUGAGGAAGACAGAAACCGUCCAAAAGAAAGAGUACGAAUGAAUGUCAAAGAGGCUUUCGUUCGUGCUUGUAACAGUGGAAGAGCGGGAACAGUUUGCUAUACAUGAAGCUGGGGUGAUGCAUGUCUUAGUAACCGGCGGAGCUGGCUAUAUCGGAUCACACGCAACUCUUCGACUCUUAAAGGACUCCUAUAGAGUAACCAUAGUGGAUAAUCUUUCUAGGGGAAAUAUUGGGGCUGUUAAAACUCUCCAGAAGUUAUUUCCAGAGCCUGGAAGGCUUCAGUUUAUUUAUGCUGAUUUAGGUGAUGCUAAAGUUGUUGACCGCAUAUUUGCACAAAAUGCAUUUGAUGCUGUGAUGCACUUUGCAGCAGUGGCUUACGUUGGUGAGAGUACUCUCGAACCUCUCAGAUAUUAUCACAACAUUACUUCAAACACUUUGGUCAUUCUGGAGGCCAUGGCAAAGCAUGGUGUUAGAACCCUGAUAUACUCUAGCACCUGUGCAACGUAUGGAGAACCUGAGAAAAUGCCCAUUACUGAAAAUACUCCUCAGGUUCCCAUUAAUCCAUACGGGAGGGCCAAAAAAAUGGCUGAAGAUAUCAUCCUUGACUUUUCAAAGACUACAGACAUGGCCAUUAUGAUUCUAAGAUAUUUCAAUGUCAUCGGAUCUGAUCCGGAAGGAAGGCUAGGUGAAGCCCCUAGACCAGAGCUGCGGGACCAGGGGCGCAUCUCAGGCGCGUGUUUCGAUGCUGCUCGAGGAAUCAUACCAGGACUAAAGGUUAGAGGAGCAGACUACCCUACUCAUGAUGGUACUUGUAUAAGAGAUUAUAUUGAUGUAACAGAUCUAGUUGAUGCUCAUGUAAAAGCUCUCACCAAGGCAAGGCCUAAAAAUGUUGGCAUCUACAAUGUUGGAACUGGAAAAGGAAGAUCAGUGAAGGAAUUUGUAGAAAGUUGCAAGAAAGCUACCGGUGUGGACAUAAAAGUUGAUUACUUGGAAAGAAGACCUGGGGAUUAUGCGGAAGUUUACAGUAACCCUUCCAAGAUCAAAAAAGAACUGAACUGGACGGCAAGGUAUACUGACCUUGAACAGAGCCUCCGGACCGCAUGGAGAUGGCAGAAGUCGCAUAGAAAUGGAUACGACACAUCCAUUUCCUCUUAAAGCAAUUUCUCUCUUAAAACUCUCAAUUAUAAGAGAAUUGGCAGUGGAUCUGAAGUUUCAGAAUUUGCAGAAGAGCUCUUUUAUUUGUGAAUUUUAGGUAUGAAGCAGAGUUUUUUAUUUUUUUUAUUUUCAAAGGGAUGGGAAUGAUGCAAUAAGCGAUGCAGUUGAUCACCAUUGCUGCAAUAAUAUUUACUCCAUAGAAGUUCCAUGAUAUGUUUUCAGUUUUUUGUAAUUUUGAGGAGAUAUUUACUUCGGUUGCCGCCGGUUUUAUAAAACAGUAAUAAAGCUUGCUUUUG